AUGGCUUUGAUCAGCCAAAAAAGUCUCCAGUUUUGUUCAUCCAGCACACCAGUAAGCAGGUCCAUCUUGGCCACCUUAAGCAAAAGGUUGAGCUUGGUCAGUGAGCAGCGCCAGGUCCAGAACUGUAGCUCGGUAGCCAUGAGGAUGCUGCGUGUCAAAGAGAGGUCUCAGUAUAUGUUUUGUAGAAAAAAACAUGUACAGCUGCGGCUGCAGUCCCUUCCUGCUAAUGAAACUGUGCAUCUUUGUGGGGAUAAUGAGAACUGUACUAAACCUAACCACCCGUGGAUGGACGAACAAUUAUUUUUCAAGAAGUUGAACAACCUCUGUACGUCAGAAGAGAUUUUUUACUUUCUCCGCUCUCUAAAAGUCAUGUCGGACACUAUGGCAUCGGCGGCUCUGCAGAGGAUUUCUGAAGUUGAGGUGGACAACAGUGGCCUGAAAGACCCCGAAGGAGUGCUGGAGAAUGAUGUUUUCAGAGCGCUGUGCUUCCAGUUUGAGUUUGAGUGCCCCAGGCUGUCGAACACUGGGCUGCUGAGCGCGCUGCAGGCUUUGACAAGGCUGCGUGUGGACCCUCAGAGCUCACUGAUAGGGAGCUUGCUCUCAGAGAGUGAGGAACGGCUCCGAAGGGGACAGCUGGACACUGACAGUCUGUGUGCUCUUGCAGAGAGCUUGCUCGAGUUGGAAGGCCCAAGUUGUGUGACACUGCAACAAAUUGUGAACCAGCUGCAAGAAAAGGACAUUGAGAAGUGGAGUCCCAUGGAAAUAGUGAUGGUUUAUAAGAUACUGCAGGUGGCUGUCGGGGAAGGGAAGCAGUACCAGAACUUGCUGAACAGGCUGAACGUUGUCACUUUAUCCAUAGUUUCCCAGCUAAGCCCAAACUUUGCAAGCAUAAUCCUGAAUUCACUGAUGGUUCUUGAUCAGACUCAGGCAGUUUCCUUAGUCAACGCACUGUAUAAACAUUCUGUGAAGCAUAUUCCAUAUUUCACAGAUGAUGAACUCGUGAAUGUGCUGGAAGCCCUCCUGUACUUUGGACAUCAUGACCAGAUUUUUACAGAGGCACUGGAAACACACAUCCCCAAGUCCAUCUUUGCCAUGCAUCCUCAAACAGUCAGCAAAGUCAUGGAGUAUUGCUGCAAAAAGAUGAUCCUAUCAAAGCCCAUCUUUGAUGCGGUGGCAGAAGGUUUCAUUUCUGAUGCUGACAGAUUUACCACUGAGCAGAUUGCUGGGUAUAUUAUACCAUUUGGAACUCUUAACUAUCUGCCUCCGAGUGCUCCUUCCUUGUUUAGGAAGCUUGAAAGUGUACUGCACACUCACCUUAGUCGCUUUCAGCCUCACACCUUGCUGAACCUGCUGCACUCGUGUGUCCUAAUUCAACGUUACCCCCUAAAUUUUCUGCCAAAAAUAUUUAGUCCCUAUUUUCUGCAAAAGCUUCAAGCUCAGCCUCCUGGUUUGAACAGAGUUGUUACCUCCCAGCUAACUCAGCUCUUUCUGACUGUCACCCUGGAGUGCCCAUCUUAUGAGGGUCCAAAACUUCCUCCAAAGUAUCAAGGAAAGGCCUUUCCCACACCUCACAGUUCUCUUGAUGUUCACCUCCAUAAAAGGGUGAAGACUGGAUUAAUUUAUUUACUGAAAAAAAGAAUAUAUUUUGCAUCAAAGGUAUCAACACCAUAUUUCUAUACAGUUGAUAUUGAGAUUAAGUUAGACGAAGGAGGUUUUGUGUUGCCUGCGACCCAAUGUGAAGAGGUGCACAGACGAAUUGCCCUCUGUGUUGAUGGUCAAAAUAGAUUUUGUGCUAAUAGCCACAAUCUGCUGGGAGAAGAAGCUAUUAAACAGAGACAUCUUCAGUUACUUGGUUAUGAAGUUGUGCAGAUUCCAUUUUUUGAGGUACAGAAUCUCCAGAAUUGCAGAAAGAUGGCAGAAUAUCUACACAAAAAAAUUUUUCCUCAUACAUAUGGACUCUGCAACUGA